AUGGCUUCUCCAGGGCCGAUGGUUGAGAUAUCAAAUCCGAAGAGGAGUCUACCCGCAACACCAAGGCCACCAGUUAAUUAUCGGAAGACGCUUCCGCCUCUACCGCCGCCGUCGCCAUUACCGUUACCCUCGUAUCCUAAUGAGAGGACCGAGGGGUUAAAAAUUAAUCGAGCAUCGACAAUUUCGAGUACGCUGGAAUCGUUACUGACGGUGCUUGGAGGGAAUGGGAGCGAUGGAAGGUUAUCGUUGGGCAUACCGUCGAUGAGGGAGCGCCCUCCGAGGCCGGUAUCAAAGGAUCCUAGGCCGGAGACCGCAGCUACUGCGGUAACUACAGAAACUAUGAUGUCGUAUUCGACUACAGGAUCGAAACGGACUAUCAAAUACGGCACAGGAAAGCAUGCGAACGUCGAAUUGUCUCCACAGCCCAGCGAGGAUCCCGAGGACCCUUUAAAUUGGCCAUUGUGGAAGAAGCAUCUAAAUCUCGGAGCGUUAUUGUCUAUGGUCGCACUAGUGGGGACGAUGAAGACGGCUUAUAUUAGCGUAAAUAGUGUUAUUGCAAUGGGGGAAUGGGUCUCAUAUACGGCAGCGGUAGCCUUAACCGCCGUUCCAUUAAUGUUGUCUGCGGUAACGGGGUUAGCUUCUUUAAUAGUAUCGAGGAUAUGGGGUAAAAGGCCGGUAUACCUGAUUUCAAUGGUGAUGAUAUUUAUAGGGACUGCUUGGAACACAAGAGUGAGGGGGGAUCUGGCGCAAAAUAUGGCGGCGAGGAUAUUUCAGGGGCUGGGCUGGGGUGCCUUCGAUACUCUGGUCCUUGGGUCGAUCCACGAUACAUAUUUUGAGCAUGAGAGACAAUCUAAGAUUAUCCUUCAUCAUGCUAUCUCAGUCGCAACUAUGUUGGGCUCUCCGCUCCUUGGCGGCGUUGCUUCAGCUGGUCCUAGGGGAUUUGAGUUGCAGUUCGAGAUUAUGAGCGCCUUCCUAACGCUCUCCAUCAUAUUACUUGUGCUGGGCGCCCCAGAGACGGCGUACAAUCGUGUCACAUUGGACGAGGUACCGACCAUUCAACGUUCCCAAUCGCUCUGGCCGAAUAUUACAUAUACAAAGGAGGCUGCUAUGCAGUACAUUACUAAGAUGAAGCCUUGGUCAUACCAGGCGAAUGAAAUCAACCUCGCACUAAUAUUGCAAGGCCCCCGAGCCAUAGUCGCGCCGACGACCGCACUCCUUUUUGCCGUGACCCUUCUGCCAUAUGCUGGUUUCUGGAGUCUACUACACUCACUUUCGAUGCUCUUUUCCCCACUUCCUUUCAUGUUAUCUUCGGCGUCUAUUGGCUUCUUAAUGACAGCCCCCUUUCUCCUUGCUACCCCUAUAGCUGUUGCGCUUGCCUUGCCUUCAUUUCUUAAGCGCUUUUCGCGAACUGUCCAUCUUACGACGCUUGCUCUUGGUACCACUUUUGCUUCAAUUGGGAUGUUAGGGUUUGGCCUCUACCUCUCUGGGUCAAUGGAAAUGCCUGGAGAUAGCUCAACAGUACCUUUCGCUACGCCGUGGAGCUUUGGGUUGGAUCGGGUCAGUCUCCCGGUAGUGUCGUUCCUUCUUGGGCUUCUGGCGGCUGGGUCUCUAGCUCUGGACAGCACAUUCUGGCCCGUCAUCCAACGGUCUACGGCUUUCACUUCGGCGAACCUUGCAGUCUGCCUGCGCAACACAGCGGAUAUGCAUGGCGGUCUUACAUGCUUCCGGAAUAUUGUCGCAGGUGCCCUUAUCCUAGGUCUCCCCAACAGUGUUCUUUCGUGGGAUGACCUUAAGGCAGCUACGUUAGGUCUAGGAAUUGCGCAGAUCAUUCUAACGAUAGCAGCAUGUGGUGUGUAUUGGUACUGGGAUGAAAAUGUGAGACGGCUCGACGGCCGGAUAAUGGGUCUUAUUGAUUUAUCGAUGUUGAAAGAAACGGCUAGCGUUUUCGAAACGGAUUAA